CAAUAGACAUAACCGUCACCGGCGCACAAGCCAAAACAAGAAUAAAGUACUUGUCACUGCAUUUGAAUCGAGAAGGUGGUUAUUUUCGUUGCUCACGUAUGCAAAAUUCGCGAUGACGUGAUAGAAACCAUCGAUUUUUCUGCGAGAUCGUAAAAAAUCAUAGGAACAACUUAUGUCUAAUAUUCGCUCAACGUGUGAAAUUGUGAUACGAGAAUAAUAGAAUAGUCACGAGGUGAUUAGUUCACUUCGACGUAUUAUCUAUUUUUAGUAACAUUUUUUAGUGGCAGCAAAUUGAGUGUUACUUGAGUGUUUAGUUAAGUAUGAUGUACAUUAAAAUGUACUGUAAGCUGUUAUUAUUGAUAUUUAUCGUAUUAUUUAACUGUGAACUUGGGAGUACAUCGGUAUUAGAUUGGAUAUGGCAAACAAAAACAGACGAUACAACUGUUUUGGUGGCAGAUGGUGUACCUUUGGUUUCAAUUCCUUACGAAUCAAUGACAGAAGAUGAGAAGUUUCUUCAAGAAGCUGCAAAGUUCACAGAUAUUCAAGUAUCUUCUCCACUGGAAACUUGUCAGCACAAAGUUGUAAUGAAAAUAAGAACAUCCUGCAGUGAUAUGACAGAGGAACAAUUAGCUAAGCUUAGUGUCAAUCUUCUUAAUUGUCAAUCUGCAGUAGAAGGCAGAAAAAUGUUUUCUUGCACAGAAGAAAUGUCUCUUAAACAAUGUACAACCGAUAUGGAUGCUGAUAUGUGGAAUGCCUAUCAUUUAAUGAGUAACAGAGCGAGAGCAGUUUGUUAUGCAACUCGAGGUACACAAUUUAGGGCUCUUACAGAAUUGACAGUUAACAAACUAAUGCAAUCUGCACACUCCCAGAUUGAUGCAUUGAACUCCUUGAAGCAAAGUCAAGAUCGCUUAGAAGAACAAACAACAGAGGCACUGUUAUCAUUGUCUGCAGGAAAUAAAGCACUUUUAGAGCAACAGAAUUAUCUGAGGGAUGCACAGAUAACAGCUCACAAUCUUGUGACAACGAAUUUAAGAGAGUUGAAUGAUGAAAAAGCAUUGAUACGAUCUGGACACGCUCAACUCGCCGCCAUGACAGAGAACAUAAAAAAUAGAUUAGAAAAGGCACAAGAGGACCUUGAACAACAAUCUAUCGAGCGUGGAGCUAACCAUCAAGAGAUCCUGCAAGACUUGAUUCAAAUACAGGAACAAGCGCAAUUAAUCUGGGAGAAGAUCGAAAGCAGCACUAGUCAUAUAUUGGACAGACACGAGAGAACAAUCGUGCAGUAUGAACAAACGUUGCACAAACUUACGCAAAUCAAUGAUACUAUUCAAUAUAUCUGGAAUGUCACUGACACAAUGCGUAAAGAAAUGGAUCAAAAGUUAGGAUGGAUUACUGAUUAUAUUGGAGACACUGGUGAACAAGUGCAGAGAGUGUAUCGUACGGUUUUACACGUCAUUUACAUACUAGUAGCAAUGAUAGUCGCUUCCUUUUUACAAGCGCCCUUUUUGACCAGAGCUACCAUCAUGGGUAUCGUGCCAGUGAAUCUCAUAACUUAUUUGAAACAUGGCAUGGAAGCUUCCUUAGAUUUUACAUCUAUGACAGUGUUAAUAUUCUUAAUCACUGGGAUGCAUUUUAUAAUGCUGGGAAUACAACGUAUCUUUGGGCCAAGCAGAUUGAAUACGAAAUCGGCUGAUUUGGCCUAUCAGAACGGACAUUCGAACAGAGAUGCGCACGAAUACACAUCGUCGUCGUAUUCCAAUUCCAUUUCAAAGGCGCCACUGCACACGAGAUUAAUGAAAAGAAUUCGGGAACUUUAUAGUUUCAUUGUUUCUAAAGCAAAUCGCUGCGCAGAAAAGAUCAAUGCUUUAGUACAAUCGGCCAUUUCAUGGAGUCGACAAAGUUCAAAUGCACACGAGGAGCUCUCCUGUUCGUACCAGCCGUCGAAGAAGAAACGCGAGGACGUCAUUCGUAACUAUUUGAAUAACCGGGAAUUGCCGACUAUGAUCUCGGACAUGGAUAAUUCCUUCAAUAUAAUAAAUACAACGCAGUAUGAUGAUGACGAUAACAGUGACCAUAGCGACAAUGACAAUGACGGCGAUGAUGAGAACGAGCGCAACAACAAUGAUGACCAUAACAUUAAUGACUUAGUGGACGCUUACGAACUCAGACGUCGUCUGCGUAAAAUGGAUCCAAUGCAAUCCAAAAGUGUUACUCCGUCAUUCACAUCGCCGAGAACAUUCACCUGUUUGGCAACAACGAGGGCUGGCAAACAAUGUCGAAUGAUCGCAUCGCCUGGAAGAAACUAUUGCUACCAUCAUGCUAGCGGUACAUCUCUCAUUGGUAACUGAAAGAAGAGAGCUGGGAAUGUAUAAGUUCCCAUUAAAAUUGAAUUUGAGGUUCAUAGUAAGCGUUGGAUAGUGUGACAAUUGAUCCUCCAGUCAUGCUCAGCAGCAUAUUAGGCGAUUAAUACGCUCGCAGCAUAUCUUGAAAACGGUACUUACAGAUUAUGUUAAAUUUUAAGUGAUUUAACAUAAUACAGAAUGCCUCGCGCGAACGCCUUAAUCAAUAUAUCGAUAGUUACCAAAAGUUUCCGGCUAGCCGCAUCUGUGUCUAGCUGUGCGUUUCUCAUGACUGAAUUAAUAAAAAAAAUCCGAAACAUUCAAAGAAAAAUAAUAUUUUGAUAACAUUUUGAUGUUUCGUACAUUUCAAUGAAGAAAGUUAAACACUUGUAAGGCAUAUUUAACAGAAGGAUAUUAAGAAAGACAAAACAGUUAUGUAUAAAAUUAAUUUUUGUACGCGCGCGCAUGCGUUUGCACUCGUACAUAUUAAUGUUAAAUAUCGAUAUCAAAGUAUCCGCGAAACCGUAUGUAUUUUUAUAUAAAAAUUUUUAUGAGAGAAAUUGAUAUAACAGGUAGCGAAUGUAUUAAAAAAGGAUUCACAGUCUUAGUACACUUGUUUAUGAUAAUAACAAUAAAAUUUUUUCUUCUAUUCAUGGCAUACGCAGUGUGAUAUGUUUAGUAAAAAAUUAAUCAUUGAUCGAAUUAUAUAAUAUCCAAAUUUUAUAGAAUAAGAGAUUAUACGUUUCUUUUCGUAUUUCUUAUAAAUGCUAUUUCGAGCGUAAGUAUCUUUAUUCUAUGUUUAUGUAAUGUAAUAAUAGCGUUAUUUAUAGUUUAUAAUUAAUUUAUUUUAUUAUCGUAAUUUAUAUAAUUUGUUGGAGGUGAAAGUAUACUUAAAAAUCAUGAAAGUUAUAAAAAAAGAAAAAACGGUAGUUCUAAUAAUACUUGUCGUACAUGAACCGUACGUUUUUCAAUUAUAUAUAUGUUAUGUGUAAAGUAUCUUCACACCGAUUUCUUACUAUUUUUCUUAAUACUAUACGUAACAAUAAAAUUGCGCAUCUCCGUGUUCAAUGCAGGCUAUAAAAUAUCUAAUACAUAGCGAUAUAUAAUUUAUUACUCUAGAAAGACAUUACAAAGCAUAAAAUGACAUGUAAAUGUUUUUUGUAACACUUGUAUGAAACCAUGUAAAUUGAUACAAAUACAAAUUCCUGUUUCUAUGUU